CAUUUUUAACAGCUUGGACUGAACACAUCUCCUUCCUUCGUAAAAUAAAAAUAAUAUGAAAAACUAAAAAAAGUUCUAAAUUCUUAGCCAAGGAAUAACUUUGACAUAUUUCUUCAGCAGUAAACAAAAGUUCGUCUUGAACCCCAUAUUCGAAAAGUGAUUCGUGAGUGUCCUUCGGCAAAUCUAAAACUUUCAAAAUGGUUCUGAUGCUCUGCUGCAGUUUCGAUCCCUUCUACGUGGGACCCUGCCCACCCGGCUGCCUGGCCCCUCUGAUGGGAGGCACUCCUCUUUGUGGCUGUGGUCCCUGUGGGGGUUGCUGCAGCCCCUGCUGUGGUUGUGGCCCGUGUGGCGGUUGCAGCUCGUGUCCCUGCGGUUGGUAAAGCCCAAAUAAAAAAAGGCCGAUAUAAUCUCCGAUCAUGGCAUUAACCCGGCAAUACAAACAUAUGAAUAUUCCACCAAAGACUGCUGGAGAGAUAUGUUGCUGUUCGUAAUCCUUUCCUUGGCGGGGGGCUUAAACACCCAAGCUCUCAUUACAUAGUAUUUUCCGAUUAUUGCUGUUCAUAAAUAAAAUGAAAUUUUAAAAACCAA